GCACCGAGGCACGCGAACCCGGCCGUCUUCCGCGCCGGCGACCAUGAGCCGUGCCACCCGCAGUCGCCAGAGCCCUCGACACCGGGGAGUCGGGGAUCCCCUCCCCCGGUUCGCCGUCGCCGCGUCCGCACCGUUUCGAUCGAUUACUGCAUGGCGCCAUCCCUCCCCGCCUUCGACUUCUCCUGCAGCCCCUGCACCCUUCCACGCUGCGCUCCCCCUCGUCCUCUUCCUCUCCCGACGGAAACCUGUCUCGCGCUGAAGUGAACUCGUUGCUCCAGUGGAACGCAGGGGGGGCAGGUGCCGGUGAUCAGGAUCUACAAAUACGGCUCCACCCCUGCGAGCCAGAAGCUGACUUGCCUCCACAUCCCCCCCCCGGGUCCUGCAAUAUUUGUAUAUAUCGUGUCCCAAGGAGCUGCUCUAUAAUCUAGAAUAAGUGUGCAGCAUGGAUGCCUUGAGCAAGCUCGUAGUGAGAUUUCACUUCAACGGGGAGUUCAUAAAUGAUGGCAUGAAAGUGCAUUAUGUUGGUGGAAGGGAUGCAAUGUCAUAUAUAAAUCGUGAUAAGGUAUCUUUGGCAGCAAUUGUUGGGCAUCUGCGGGACCACUGCACGGUUGAAGACGGUGCAUUGGUGCAUUGGCUAUUCCCAGGGAAAGAACUAUAUGAUGGACUUCGUGUACUCACGGAUGAUAAGACAUGUUUGCAGAUGGCUGAUGCUAUUAUGGAAGGAGAGGUGGCAGAGAUCUAUGUUGAGGUGGCAGCAGCAACAGAUGGAUCAAAUGAUGAAGGUGGUCAAGGAAGUGGAUUUGAGAAUGAGCAGGCAAUGGUUGAUGUAGAUUCUGCUGAUGAGGAAGGUGGCCAUGGUGAUGUAGAAGGAGAUGAUCAAGGUGAUUCAGAUGAUGAUGACGUAGCUGGGGAAGAUGCAGUAAUUUUGAUAUCUGCAAAACCAGACUCCAGGGAAGUUGCGGAGAGGCAGAUCAAGAAGCUUAAGGAGUUUCACAGGAGCCCAAGUAAGAAAGGGAAGGAUGCACAAGUGAAGAAAGAUAAAGGAAAACAAGAAGAGGAGAAGCAGGAUGAAGAUGAGCAUUCUAGCUCAGAUAGUGACUACAUGCGUGGAGAUGAUUCAUCUUCAGAAGCAGACAAUGAGGGUGUUGAUAUUCUGAGGAAAUUCAAGGACUUUAAGAAGGAUUUGAAAAGAGGACAUAUUGCCUCACUUGAUGAUGUUGUUCUGGAAGGGUCGACUGCUAUGCCAGCAGGUUUUGAAGGAAGCCAAGACGAUGGUAGUGAGACUGCAUAUGCUCAAAGCAGUGAUGAUGUAGACUCAAUGAAUGAUUUGGAUAGUGAUGGAGAGUUAAGUAGGAAGGACAACAGCUUUACAAGGUUCAAGGAGACUACAGGAACACCCAUAUUUGCUUUGGGCAUGUUGUUUAAAAGCAAGAAGCAAUUCAAGAAAGCCAUUAUCAGGUAUGGUCUGGCUGAGAGGAAAGUAAUCAAUUUCAUCAAGAAUGAACCAAAAAGGGUUAGGGCAAAAUGUGAUUGGAAGGCUUGCCCUUGGGUCUGCCUUCUUUCAAUCAACUCUAGGACUGAAAGUUGGCAGAUAGUGACCUUCAAUGACUACCAUACAUGCCCCCCUAGAAGAGAUAAUAGGCUUGUUACUGCAAGAAGGAUAGCUGAGAAGUACGAGAAGUUUAUAAUGGCAAAUCCAACUUGGAAAUUUGUAAGCAUGAAGCAGACUGUCCAAGAGGAGAUGUUUGCAGAUGUUUCUAUCUCUAAAUUGAAGAAAGCAAAGGCCAUGGUCAUGCAGAAAGCCUUCGAUGCUACAAAAGGUCAGUACGAGUUGUUGUAUGAUUACCAGUUAGAGCUUCUGAGAAGUAACCCAGGGAGUACAGUCAUAGUGACGAAAGAGCCAGGUGUGGAGCCACCCACCUUUCAAAGGAUGUACAUCUGUCUUGAUGCAUUGAAGAAGGGAUUUCUUGCUGGUUGUAGAAGAGUAGUAGGUUUUGAGGGUUGUUUCUUUAAGGGAGCCACUAACGGGGAGUUGCUAUGUGCUAUAGGGAGAGAUGCCAAUAACCAAAUGUAUCCAAUUGCAUGGGCAGUGGUGGAAAAGGAGACAAAUGAUUCAUGGGGUUGGUUUUGUGACCUUUUAUUCAAGGACCUAGGUGUUGGUGAUGGGACUGAUUGGGUCUUCAUAUCUGACCAAAAAAAGGGAAUUCUAAAAGCAGUCAGCUAUUGGGCUCCUCAAGCUGAGCAUAGGAACUGCGCUAGGCACAUCUAUGCAAAUUGGAAGCAGCACUUCAGUGACAAGGAGUGGCAGAAGAAGUUCUGGAGAUGUGCCAAGGCUCCUUGCAUUAUGCUGUUUAACCGUGCUAGAGAAAGGCUGGCAGGUGAGACUAGAGAAGGAGCUCAAGCUAUACUCAACACUCGCCCUCAACACUGGUCAAGGGCUUGGUUCAGGUUGGGGUCUAACUGUGACUCUGUAGACAACAACUUAUGUGGGUCCUUCAAUAAGUGGAUAGUUGAGGCUCGGUUUUUUCCUGUCAUCACCAUGCUGGAAACCAUCAGAAGGAAGGUUAUGGCUAGGAUUCAUGACAACAGGACCAAGUCAGAGAGUUGGGUCACCAAGAUCUGCCCCAAUAUUUUGAAGAAAUUGAAUGUCUACAUCACUCAGUCAGGCAAGUGCCAUGCAAUUUGUAAUGGGGCAUCAAACUUUGAAGUGAUGCAUUUUGACACCAGGUUCAAAGUUGAUCUAGAGGAGAAGGAGUGUUUAUGUAGAUAUUGGCAGCUGUCAGGAUUGCCUUGUCCUCAUGCUAUUUCAUGCAUUCUUUUGAAGACCAAUAGCCUGGAUGAAUACGUUGCGAGUUGUUAUUCAGUUGAAUCAUUCAAGAACACAUAUGAACAUUGCCUUCAACCUAUUGAGGAUAUGACCAACUGGCCGGUUUCUGAUAGAGUCAAGCUCAAAGCUCCAGACUAUGUCUGGAUGCCUGGAAGGCCUAAGACAGAGAGAAGGGAUCCAACAGAGGCACCCAAGGGCACAAAGCUGUCAAGGGUUGGUACUGUCAUCAGAUGCACAAAGUGCAAACAGACCGGUCACAACAGAUCCACAUGUGAGAAAAGGAAUGCAGCUGCUUCUUCUGGUACUGUUGGUGUUCAAUCCGCUGCUAGUCCAAAUGCAAUGGCUGUGGUGUCCAACACUCAACAAAGUUGUACAUCCUCAAGGAAAAGGAAGGCACCGGCCGGCAGCAGCCAUGGAGCACCAGUUAAGAAUGUGACCAAGACAAGCGCAAGUGCUAGGGUGUCAACUAUUCAGGGUGGCUCAGCUACUGGGAAAGCUGGUGCUCAUGUCUCCGCUAGUGCAACAAAGAUCACAAGGCCUGAUCCAAAGCAAGGGCCAAUGCUUCUACUCCCUCCGUGGGAGUCAGCAAAGCUGUGAUGUCAUACUGAACUUGUGCUUCGAGAAAUUGAAUUUGCGUAGUGUUGCCAGACUGUUGUGGCAUGUCAAGUCCUGUUGAGCAAUUUCAAUCCCAUGUUGUGUUACCAGACUGCUAAUGGCAUGUUAAAGUUGCGUCGAACUGUAGUGCUUGUCAUGUGAAACUUGGCUGCUAUGUAGGGAAUCUUGUUGGCAUCUAUGUGCGUGAUUUAUCUGUGUUUCCUA